AUGGCGAAGAAGGAAGAACUCCCUCGUGAUAUCGAGGGUAUCGAUGAUCUUCAACGCUCUCCCUCGAGAUGUACGCAAGAGGGAACGACAAUCGACGCCGUCUUUGGUGAGGUUUCAGAAGAUGGACCUAACUACCGCAACGUCGGAUGGAUUGCCACCGUCGCGCUCAUGACAAAAACGCAAAUCGGCCUUGGAGUUUUAUCGAUUCCCCAGACCUUCGACGCUCUAGGCCUCAUCCCAGGAAUCAUAUGUCUCAUCGUCGUGUCAGCCAUUACGACAUGGUCAGACUACAUGAUUGGCGUGUUCAAGCGACGACAUCCGCAGGUUUACGGUAUCGAUGAUGCGGGACAGUUGAUGUUUGGGCGGAUUGGUCGUGAAGUCCUCGCGACUGUUUUUAUGCUAUACUGGAUCUUCGUUGCUGGCUCAGCAAUGCUCGGUAUUUCAAUCGGUCUUAACUCGGUCUCUACACACGCAGCCUGCACGGCUGUCUUUGUUGCCGUGGCAGCUAUUCUGGGUUUCUUCUUUGCUAGUAUCCGCACACUCGGCAAGAUUGGCUGGUUAGCGUGGAUCGGACUCGUCUGCAUCAUGACUGCCAUCUUCUGUGUCACCGUCGCUGUCGGCGUGCAGGACAGACCUGCUGCUGCUCCGCAGGGAGGACACUGGGAGUCUGACUGGAAGCUCUUCAACCAUCCUAGCUUCGUCGACGGUAUCACGGCUGUGUCGUCGCAUAUCUUUGCGUUCUCGGGUACACCCGCGUUUUUCCAGAUCGCUGCGGAGAUGCGCGAACCGAAGCACUACACCCGCUCGCUAUUGACCUGCCAAUCGAUUGUGACAGUCACAUACAUCACUAUUGGAAUCGUGGUUUACUACUACUGCGGUUCAUAUGUCACAUCCCCUGCUCUUGGUUCAGCUGGCGUUCUCAUGAAGAAGGUCUGCUAUGGAUUUGCCCUGCCUGGUCUUAUCGUGACUGCCAUGCUUAUGACUCACAUUCCCGCCAAGUACAUGUUCAUCCGCUUAUUGCGCGGUACAAAGCAUCUCAACUCCAAUGGUAUCGUGCAUUGGGCCACUUGGUUAGCUUGUACAGGAAGCGUAACCAUUAUCGCAUAUAUCAUCGCCAGUGCCAUCCCUGUUUUCGGCGGCUUGGUGUCUCUUAUCGGAGCUCUUCUCGGCACGUUGAUGUGCUUCCAACCCUAUGGCUGCUUCUGGCUUUUCGACAACUGGCAUAAGGGUAAGACUGAGAAGUCACUCAAGUGGUGUCUCAUGGUUGGUUGGAGUGUCUUUGUCAUUGUGGCUGGAACCUUUAUGAUGGUUGCCGGUACCUACGGCUCAAUUGUUGGUAUCAACAACUCGAUGAAGGCCAAUGGGGGUUCAAGCCCAUGGUCUUGCGCCGAUAACUCUAACUCUGGCUCUGCGGGUCACUAA